CUGCAGACAGGAGGCAGGUGGGCGGGCUGGAGGCAGCCGGGGAGCCAGCCCAGAGAGCCGAGGGCCGCAGCCUGGCUGGAGCCGAGAUGGGUGUCAAAGCAGGACCCGCAGAGGUGCCGAGCCCCCCACGCAGAGUGUUGCUGGCCCCCAGCCCACGGAGCAGAGAGCUGGGCAUGGACCUGGGGACACUGGCCGUGCUGUGGCUCAGUGGCGUGGCUCUCAUCUACCUCCUGUGGCAAGUGCCCCAUCUGCCCGCCUGGGGCCAGCGGCAGUCCGCCAGGUCCCCAGCCCACGGCCCCCACCCGGCCUGGGAACCCCUGGGAGGGGAGCGCCAGGGGCCGGACUCCUGCCGGCUGCUCCUGGUGGAGAGCACCCCCCAGGACCUGCCCUACGCGGCCGGCAGCCCGUCCGCCCAGCCCCUGGCCCAGGCCUGGCAGCAGCUGCUGGACGCCGCCCAGGAGAGCGUGCACGUGGCCUCCUACUACUGGUCCCUCACGGGCCCCGACAUCGGGGCCAACGACACCUCGGCCCAGCUGGGCGAGGCCCUCCUGCGGAAGCUGCAGCAGCUCCUGGACAGGAACGUCUCCCUGGCGGUGGCCACCAGCCACCCGACGCUGGUCAGGAACUCCACCGACCUCAAGGCCUUGGAAGCCCGAGGUGCCCAGGUGCGCCGGGUGCCCAUGGGGCGGCUCACCGGCGGCGUCCUGCACUCCAAGUUCUGGGUCGUGGACGGGCUUCACGUCUACCUGGGCAGUGCCAACAUGGACUGGCGGUCCCUGAGCCAGGUGAAGGAGCUCGGCGCGGUCAUCUACAACUGCAGCCGCCUGGCCCGGGACCUGGAGAAGACCUUCCAGACCUACUGGGUGCUGGGGGCGCCCAGAGCUGUGCUGCCCAAGCACUGGCCUGGGAACUUCUCGACCCACAUCAACCGCUUCCAGCCCCUCUACACCCGCUUUGACGGGGUGCACACCACAGCCUACUUCUCGGCGUCGCCGCCUGCGCUCUGCCCGCACGGCCGCACCCGGGACCUGGACGCGCUGCUGGCCGUGAUGCGGGGGGCCCGGCAGUUCCUCUACGUCUCGGUGAUGGACUACUUCCCCACCACCCGCUUCACCCGCCCCGCCAGGUACUGGCCGGCGCUGGACAACGCGCUGCGGGAGGCGGCCUUUGGCAGGGGCGUGCGCGUGCGCCUGCUGGUCAGCUGCUGGCUGCACACGGACCCCGGGAUGUUCCCCUACCUGCGGUCCCUGCAGGCCUUCAGCGACCCCGAGGCCGGCAUCUCCGUGGACGUGAAAGUCUUCAUCGUGCCCGUGGGGAACCACUCCAACAUCCCGUUCAGCAGGGUGAACCACAGCAAGUUCAUGGUCACAGAGAGGGCGGCCUACAUCGGCACCUCCAACUGGUCAGAAGAUUACUUCAGCAGCACCUCGGGCGUGGGGCUGGUGGUCAGCCAGAGGGCCCCGGCCGGCGAGCCCGGGCGCGGCACCGUGCAGGAGCAGCUGCGGCAGCUGUUCGAGCGAGACUGGAGCUCCCCCUACGCCGUGGGCCUGGACGGACAGGCGCCGGGCCAGGACUGCAUGUGGCAGGACUGAGGCCCCCUCCCACCCCCACCCCCACCCCCACCCGCGCCCCUGGUGGGCGCUGCUCCCCUCCAGGCCCCC